AUGAUUUCAAGUCUGUUUUCUUUUGAAAAGUGUCGGUAUGAAUGUAGAAAGCGAAUCUUGUGCCUGUCAGUGAUGGUAUUAUGUAUCCACAGUAUCAGGGCUUCCUUCGUGCCAAUUGUAGAAAAGGAAAAUGGUCAAGUUAUAGCCAAGUCACCCGACCUAGAGAUGAUAUUCCUUGGGACUGGUCCUUCGAGCCAAAUUCCAGAUGUUGGCUGUGUGCUAGGACCCGACGGACCUUGCGCCGGUUGCAAAUUAGCCAUGGUCAAAUCAUCAAAUUCUCCUGUUUUGGAUAAGAGAGGUAACACCUCAGCAAUCCUUCGAUUUAUUCCUCCAACUUUAGACGGAAAACAAAAGUCUACUCCUAAAACGAUAUUAAUUGAUGUUGGAAAAAGUUUCCGGAACGCUGCUCUUGAAUUUUUUCCGCCUAAUAAACUGUCUAAAAUCGAUGCCGUCUUACUUACUCAUCCUCAUGCGGACGCAAUCUUUGGAUUAGAUGACUUGAGACCUUGGACAGCCAAUGCUCAUAGAAAUAAGGCCAUACAAAAGACUGUUCCUAUUUAUUGUGAUCAACACACAUUUUUGGAGAUAAACCGAAUGUUUCCGUACAUGACACACCCAUCCUCUGCCACAGGUGGAGGUCAUGUACCCGCCUUUGAAUGGCAUAUCUUUGAAAAAGAUAAGCCUCUUGAUCUUUUCGGUCUGCAUGUUACUCCUCUCACAGCGCACCACGGUACUAUGGGGCAUGGAAAGGACCUUCGUCCCCAUGAAUGCGCCGGUUUCCUGUUCAACCGCUCAAUCCUCUACAUGUCCGAUGUAUCAUCCAUCCCCGAAUCUACAUGGGCUACCCUAGCUUCUCUGGGUGUUCACAACUCUAUGACUUCGACGGCGCAUCUUCAAUCUCAUCUCUCCCUCCCUAUCCUUGUCAUUGACACACUCAGAUUAACAACACGAGCAUCUCACUUAGGCAUAGGAGACGCCUUAAAGGUAGCUCAUAGGCUGGGCGCAAAAAGGACCUAUCUUGUUGGAUUAGAGCAUGGUAUAACGCACGAAUCUUGGGAGCGUGCGUGCAAGGCAUUCGGAGAAGAAAUUCCAAACAUUGACAAGAAGCAAAUUGAUACCCAGAUGAGACUUGUUGAUAUUGGAAAAGACCCAGAGUUGUUCCAUCGGACAGCGCUCUACAUGGGUAAACCAAAGAGACCGAUGUGGGUUCGACCUGCAUUUGAUGGACUACGAAUCAGUACAGCCUCAGAUGAAAAGACUGUACAGAAUCAUCUUCGAAGUGGUCUUUGA